GCCCUGCGGGUGCUGGUGGACAUGGACGGCGUGCUGGCCGACUUCGAGGGCGGCUUCCUCAGGAAGUUCCGCGCGCGCUUCCCCGACCAGCCCUUCAUCGCCCUGGAGGACCGGCGCGGCUUCUGGUUGUCCGAGCAGUACGGCCUCCUGCAGCCCGGCCUGAGCGAGAAGGCCAUUAGCAUAUGGGAAUCAGAAAAUUUCUUUCUUGACCUGGAGCCUCUGCCAGGGGCUGUGGAAGCUGUGAAGCAGAUGGCCAACCUAGAAAACACUGAUGUCUUCAUCUGCACGAGCCCCACGAAGAUGUACAAGUACUGUCCCUACGAGAAGUAUGCCUGGGUGGAGAAGCACUUUGGCUCUGACUUUCUGGAUCACAUUGUGCUGGCCACAGACAAGACCGUGGUCUCUGCCGACCUUCUCAUAGACGACAGGCCAGACAUCACAGGGGCCGAGCCAAACCCCAGCUGGGAGCACAUCCUCUUCACAGCCUGCCACAACCGGCACGUGCAGCUGCAGCCCCCCGGCCGCAGGCUGCACUCGUGGGCGGACGACUGGAAGGCCAUUCUGGACAGCAAGCGGCCCCGCUGAGCUGGACUGUGCUCUGG